CUUCGCGUCUCACAAAGCAGGAAGCAGAAGCAGACAAGAACGAUGUCAAGCCCACAGUUGCCGCUGUACUUCCAGUUCAGUCCUGAACCGCAGGAGGUGGUCGACCGCUACACCAUCCCACUGCAUGUCUCCAUGAAGGAUUGCUUCGAGCCAAACCACGGUUUCUGGCGCGGCGGCAGCCUGCCAGAGCUGGAGGCAGAGCUGGCUAGGACAGUGAGUCGGUGGCAAAAGGACUUCCGCGACAAGAAGUUUGACUCUUCGAAGCCGAUUGUCAUUGCGGCAUGCUGCCAUGGUCUUUCCACGGACAGCUUUCGCGGAUAUCCAUUGUCCAAGUUGUGGGGUAUGGCUCCUCAAUACCUUCUUUGGAGCCCCAACAGCCUCUGGAACGGCAGGAACAGCUUUUCUGGACUGAAGAAACAUCUGCAGCCCCUGAUUAAGGAUGACUUCAAAAUAAUUGUCGUGUUUGCACAAUGUUUUGGGGGAACGUUCGCUCAAAAGUUUCGCUCUGAUCUCGGAGCAGAACUCCCUGCGAAUGUGCACGUCAUUGGGCUGUCACAAGGCCCAACCCACCGUCUUCGGGCCAACGAUUGCACGCUGGUAACCGUAGCACACCAGUGCCAACACAUUGAGCUUUCCACCUGGUUUACGCAUUUUGCUGAACAGGAGGGAAGUGCCUUUGAAAGGGCGGAUGCCUCCCUCCUCCUCACCAACACGCAAGCCACGGGCUUGCCUGACUUUGUGCCAGUCAAUUUGAUUCAGGAGGAAGACAAGGACAUGACACUUGCUCAAGAAAGCGCCAUACAGCCCGUUCAGUGAUUUCUCGUCAAGCCCUUUCUGUUGUUGUCUUCUUGCACACGAACUCAAUGGCUCCCGCCCUCGCCUUACCUUGUUCGUUGUCACUGAGUUUCCAUCAAUCCUUGCACUGUCCAUCUGUUCCCCAGCUGGUGUUGCACGUCUGCCUCACAUACAACUUCGAC